AUGGUUUUCUCACCUAACUUUCGUUCUCUUUCUGGUUCUGUCUCUCUCUUUCUGGUUCUCUCUCUCUCUUUCUGGUUCUGUCUCUCUCUCUUUCUGGUUCUGUCUCUCUCUCUUUCUGGUUCUCUCUCUUUCUGGUUCUCUCUCUUUCUGGUUCUCUCUCUUUCUUUCUGGUUCUGUCUCUCUCUUUUCUUUCUGGUUCUGUCUCUCUCUCUUUCUUUCUGGUUCUGUCUCUCUCUCUUUCUUUCUGGUUCUGUCUCUCUCUCUUUCUUUCUGGUUCUGUCUCUCUCUCUUUCUUUCUGGUUCUGUCUCUCUCUCUUUCUUUCUGGUUCUGUCUCUCUCUCUUUCUGGUUCUGUCUCUCUCUUUUCUUUUCUGGUUCUGUCUCUCUCUCUUUCUUUCUGGUUCUGUCUCUCUCUUUUCUUUCUGGUUCUGUCUCUCUCUCUUUCUUUCUGGUUCUGUCUCUCUCUCUUUCUUUCUGGUUCUGUCUCUCUCUCUUUCUUUCUGGUUCUGUCUCUCUCUCUUUCUUUCUGGUUCUGUCUCUCUCUCUUUCUUUCUGGUUCUGUCUCUCUCUUUUCUUUCUGGUUCUGUCUCUCUCUCUUCUUUCUGGUUCUGUCUCUCUCUCUUUCUUUCUGGUUCUGUCUCUCUCUCUUUCUUUCUGGUUCUGUCUCUCUCUCUUUCUUUCUGGUUCUGUCUCUCUCUCUUUCUUUCUGGUUCUGUCUCUCUCUCUUUCUUUCUGGUUCUGUCUCUCUCUCUUUCUUUCUGGUUCUGUCUCUCUCUCUUUCUUUCUGGUUCUGUCUCUCUCUCUUUCUUUCUGGUUCUGUCUCUCUCUCUUUCUGGUUCUGUCUCUCUCUCUCGCACACAUCUUAGUUUCAUUCUUAAUUUUUUGGAUUGACAAAAUUAUUUUAUUUUCCGGCGUAUCUUUUUUUUUUUUUUCAUUUUCCUUUUCUUUUUUCUCCUUUUCCCUUCUCUCUUCUCUUUUCCCUUCUCUCUUCUCUUUUCCCUUCUCUCUUCUCUUUUCCCUUCUCUCUUCUCUUUUCCCUUCUCUCUUCUCUUUUCCCUUCUCUUUUUUCUUCUCUCUUCCCUUCUCUUCUUUUUCUUCUCUUCUUUUUCUUCUCUUCUUUUUCUUCUCUUCUUUUUCUUCUCUUCUUUUUCUUCUCUUCUUUUUCUUCUCUUCUUUUUCUUCUCUUCUUUUUCUUCUCUUCUUUUUCUUCUCUUCUUUUUCUUCUCUUCUUUUUUUUCUUCUCUUUUUUCUUCUCUUCUUUUCUUCUCUUCUUUUUCUUCUCUUCUUUUCUUUCUUCUUCUUUUCUUUCUUCUUUUUUCUUCUUUUUUUCUUCUCUUUUUUCUUCUCUUCUUUUCUUCUCUUCUUUUCUUCUCUUCUUUUCUUCUCUUCUUUUCUUCUCUUCUUUUCUUCUCUUCUUUUCUUCUCUUCUUUUCUUCUUUCUUUUUCUUCUCUUCUUUUUCUUCUCUUCUUUUCUUCUUUUUUUCUUCUCUUCUUUUCUUCUCUUCUUUUUCUUCUUUCUUUUCUUCUCUUCUUUUUCUUCUUUUUUUUUUUUCUUUUUUUUUUUUUUUUCUCUCCUCUUUUUUCUUUUUUCUACUCUUUUUUUCUUUUCUCCCUCUUUCUUUUCUUUUCUCCCUCUUUCUUUUCUUUUCUCCUUUUUUUAUAA